UCAGAAAUUGAAGAUGUACUAAAUAUUGGUGUUCCAGCAUCGCGCAUCAUUUAUGCCAACCCUUGCAAAUCCAAAACGCAUUUACAAUUUGCUGCCGAUAAAAAAGCAGGAUUGAUGACAUUUGAUGACGAGUAUGAACUCCACAAAAUCACAGAAGUAUACCCAGAUGCGGAAUUGGUUAUACGAAUUAACACUGACGAUCCCAGCGCAUUGGCAAGUUUUGGAAUAAAAUUCGGAUGUGAUGUAAAACAUACAAGACAUCUUUUGCAAGAAGCGAAACAGCUCAGUCUCAACGUUGUUGGCGUCAGUUUUCAUGUUGGUAGUUCAUGCCGAGAUGCUACAGCCUAUGCAACGGCUAUUGGUUUAUCACGAUUGGUGUUCAACUAUGCUGCCGAUAUUGGAUUCAACUUGACCCUGCUCGAUAUUGGUGGAGGGUAUCCUGGUGAUGGAAAGAAGCCUAUUACGAUUCAAAGUAUAGCAGAGAAAAUCAAUCAAGCACUAAGUGAACACUUUCCAGAUGGAUGUGGAGUUACAGUUAUCAGUGAACCAGGCCUUUAUUUCGCAUGGAGUACCUGUACUUUAUGUGUGAAUGUAAUUGGCAAGCGUGUUAAAGAAAUUGACAUGAAAUCAGUUGGUGAAGAUUUUGGUGGAUAUACAAUGGCUGGUGCUUGCAGAUUUAAUGGUUUCACAACACCGAGUUGUCUUUACAUGGCAACACAGUCUGUAUGGUCGUUCCUCAAACCUCGUCUUGUCGGAGUUGGAUUACUGAAUAAGAAUAUGUAA